CGCUGCGGGUCCCGGGUCGGGGGCGGAGCUCGGGGCCGCCGCGGGCAGCGCAUCCCGGGCGGGCGGAGCCUGCGCCGGGCGCCUCUUCUGCUGGUCGGGCCGCGCUGUCGGCGGCGGUGCGAGAUGCUUGCAAAUGAUUGAAUCAUCUUGUAUUUGACCAACUAACCUUGAUGAUCUUGAGGAUUCUUAUUCAAAGUGGGAACAUCAAAAAACUGGCUGGCACCAGGAGCAAGCACUGAGGCACUGCUGCAUCGGUUGUCAUCAAGCCUGUCAUCAGAUGGAGCAAGUUUGACUCGCAGCAUCCGGCCUGUGGCGUGGUGGAGAGAUUGGGUUCACCUAAGGAGAGACAUGGGCUUCAAAAUGACUUUCCUGCUUUCUUACAAAUACCGAUUACUGUUACUCUUUACCUUAUGUCUCUCCGUGGUUGGUUGGGCCACCAGUAAUUACUUUGUGGGUGCUAUCCAGGAGAUUCCUAAAGCGGGUUUCAUGGCGAAUUUCAACAAGGUCUUAGUUUGGGGGAAGGAAGAAACUCUGACCAAUGAAACAUCUCCGAGGAAAGCAGACCUCAGCAGCUGCCCAUCUCAAUCUCCCUACCUAAGAGGCCAGAGCAAGCUCAUUUUCAAACCUAAUCUCACUUUGGAGGACGUGCAGGCAGAAAACCCCCAAGUGCAUGGAGGCCGGUACCACCCGGAAGAGUGUAAGGCUGCCCAGCGGGUAGCCAUCGUCAUUCCACACCGCAACCGAGAGAGGCACCUCAUGUACCUGCUCGAGCACCUUCAUCCCUUCCUGCAGAGGCAGCAGCUGGAGUAUGGCAUUUAUGUCAUCCACCAGGCCGGAAGUAAAAUGUUCAAUCGAGCCAAACUCUUGAAUGUGGGAUAUCUAGAAGCUCUCAAGGAUGAGAACUGGGACUGCUUCAUAUUCCACGAUGUUGACCUGGUGCCUGAGAAUGACUUGAAUCUUUACAAGUGCGAGAAACAGCCCAAGCACCUGGUGGUCGGCAGGAACAGCACCGGGUACCGGUUACGUUACAGUGGAUAUUUUGGGGGUGUGACUGCCCUAAGCAGAGAACAGUUUUUCAAGGUGAAUGGAUUCUCUAACAACUACUGGGGAUGGGGAGGCGAAGACGAUGACCUCAGACUCAGGGUUGAGCUUCAGAGAAUGAAGAUCAUUCGUCCAUUGCCUUACAUAGGCAAGUACACAAUGAUCUUCCACACUAGAGACCGAGGCAAUGAGGUGAACAGAGGACGGAUGAAGCUCUUACAUCAGGUGUCACGAGUCUGGAGGAAAGAUGGAUUGAGUAGUUGCUCAUAUAAAUUACUCUCAGUGAUUUACAACCCUUUAUAUAUCAACAUCACAGUGGAUUUCUGGUCUGACCCAUGACCCUGAACAUUGUGCUGAAACUUGGAAGAGCUGAAUGCUAGAUUGCAAUAAUUUUGGCCCGGGGACUUCUGUUAGUAGACCACAUGAAGAACUUGUCGCAGCCAUUAUUAAGCUGAGUUGUUCCUUUCCCUGUUUUUCAUUUUCUUUUUUUAAAAUUAGAGCUACUGCUGAUGAAGAAUGAGACAAGACAGCUUUUUUUUUUUAGUUGUUUUUAUCAUGAGGGUUAGUACUAUAAUUGUGAUACUUGAAAGGUUAAGGGUAAAAAGACUAUUCCGAGGAUAUAAUGAAGGCUGCUUGAGAACUCAGAAGGAAAUUAAAUUGGAAGUGAUUCAUCUUGGGUUAUAAGGUAAAGGGAAACAAAAUUGCUGAAUGUCACAGACAACCUGAAAUGCAGUGAUCAAGGUAGAAAGGUACUAGGCCCUGGUUCUUUUACUCAUUUGGCUUGUGCACCUGUGAAGAGACAGGUCUCAGGUGAGAAGAGCACAGAAGAGAGGCAGGACAGGGAAGAAUCCAGAUGCUGUGAACUUGAGAAUGAAGAGCCGGAGGUCAGUGUCUGAGGGACAGGCCCCACUGCUGCCUUUCGUGGAGCAUAUCUGCCCAGUUAACUCUUUCCAGGACUACCCCGGCAGAGAACACUUUCUCAACUUAUUUUUUAAGCAUUUUUGUAAGAUGAUUUUGUACAAGUAGGAUAUGAAUUAGCAGUUUACAAAUGACACAUUAAUAAUAUAGCAGAAGUACCUCUAGUAAAAGAUGAAAAAGCUUUUGGUGCUUAAUCUUUUCUUGCCUUGUUGUUGGAGGUCUACAGACGAAGUAAUUUCAUUCAUUCUCUGAAACAGCUCAAAACAAAAUGGGUGACCAGGGAUGAGCCAACCCAUUCUUCCUGAAGAACUCAGAGAAAUGGGGAUAGGGUCCCACGAAAGACAGCAGUCACCUCCUGUUUGGGAAAUACACUACCCAUAUAUUUGAAAGUAAAAGUUGCUUUAUAGACUGAUAUGUUUCCUUUAGGCUUUCUGACUUACCUUUCACUCAGGGACAGGUGAAAAUUGCAUUUUAAAAGAAAUAAUGAUGCCCCCCUCUUUUCCUUUUUUCCUGUAGACUCUCUAGCAUUCAGUUGCACUUUUCUUAGUGAUAAGUAUAUGACUUAGCUGUUGUAACUGCCAACAGCUGAUGCCAAAAGUGACCAACUUGGAGUCUUUGGGUCCCCGAUUGUGAUACUGAAGGGCACGAUAUAUGCAAAAGAUGAAGGGAUCUGCAAUUGAGGACUCAGUUUGUCUUUCAGUAGAAGUUAGCUGCAGCUUGCUUCUGUCAUGUGGCUACACCCUGGGUACUUUGUUUUGGCUGUUAACAGGGCAUCUACAUUUGUUUACACUGGAAACCAUGGUGCUCUGCCUGAUGUUACUCUUCAGCAGAUUCUUUCAGCCCAGAUAACAAGUCAUCUAAGUGACUCAUUAUAAGACCUCUUGUGGUGGAGGUGAUUACUUGUGACCCUUAUUUACCCACGGUACCACUUCCAGGUGCCAUGAGUCUGUCAUAACCAGGGUGGGCAUAGGCAGGAGGCAUGUGUCCAUCCCCUGCUCUUUCUCCCAGCAUGGCAGGUAAGUGGGCCUCAGAAAGACCAAAUCGCCCAUAUUCCUGCCCUGUGUUCUUUUCAUUUUCAGCUGCCACAAAGGAGCCAACUUCCAGGGUAUCAUAGGGCAGUGUACUUUGGUAGCUGAGGUCCUAAGGUACUGUCUGUGUGGAUACCACAAAUGCUUAAUUAGAAACAUGUGCUAUUAUCACCUCUGUUUCUGCUUCUGGUCAUUCAUUUUCACAACUCUUUGUGGUUUAUGAUAUUUUUUACAAACGCUUUAUUGAUCCAAUUGACUCUUAAGUGAGUAAAUGAAAUGGAGGCUUAGGUCAGCUCAGGGAGUGGACAGACGUUCCACAGGGUAGUAGGUGGCAGAGAUGGCCACAGACUCACAUCUUCUGUUUCCCAAGGCCAUUACUCCAUGCCUAGUGUCCUUAUCUGUGCACUGUGCAAACCAUUUGUGCACUAUCACAAGCCAUAAACCACAAAUCACAGACAUUCUUUGAGAUUGUUUUCCUGAAUUGAAAUUUCUGUCAAAGCUCUUAGAGAAGUUGGAAUCUUACGAAGCCUAAGACGUAGGUUCUAAUAUCGCCUGGUCUCUUUGGCUGGCUUUUUUUUCUUUUUUGGUCACACCCAGCGAUGCACAGGGGUAACUCCUGGCACAUGCACUCAGGAAUUACUCCUAGUGGUGCUCAGGGGACCAUAUGGGAUGCUGGGAAUCGAACCUGGGUUGGUCGCAUGCAAGGCAAAUGCCCUACCUGCUGUGCUAUCGCUCCAGCCCCAUGAUCUCUUUGGCUGGUGUUGGUUCUGUAGCAUAGCCAGCAGGACGGAGGCUGUGCCCGCUCUGGGCUGGACAUCACCCUGGCGGUGCUCCAGAGACCACAUGUGCUGGGGAUCAAACCCAGACCAUCUGCUCGCACAGCAGAUGCCCCCCCCCCCCAUGGGGCUUGCUCUGGCUCCAGGUCCUUUUGAACCUUUCCCAGAUUUCCUUUCUGGUUUUUUUUUUUUUUUUUUACUCGUCGCUCCCUCACUUUUGCUCAUGCCUCUGUGGACAGGUUUCCUGGGGGCCCCACAUUGCUCUUGGCAAAGAGACUCUUGGAAGAAAUGAAAGAUGUUUUCAGCCAGAUUUAAAUCUCUACUUCUCCAAAUUCUAUACAUAUGUUCCUGUCAAAAGCCAUUAACAUGCCAAUAAGACGGCACAUUCAGACAUACUUUGUAUGUUCACUUUGGCAAAUCACAUUUCAAUUUUUUUUCCCCUUCUUCGUGCUGCUGAGGAACCGUACACGAUGCUGGGAUUGAACCUGAGUCGACUGUGUGCAAGGCCAACACCUUACCUGCUUUCUGCAUCUUCCCCCCUUGGGCCCCUCCCCACACUUAAAAGUUACUGCCUAGGAUAUUUAAACUCUUGCCACCUUUGUUAGACUAUAUGGCCUACUUUCUGAGAGAGAAAGGGCUUGGUAGGUGUCAAAGACAGUGGCUAGGAAACUCCACCCCGAGCCAUAGGAGACUAUGCCUGAAAAGGCAACCCUCCCAUUUUUCCAAUGAUGCUGUUGAAGCUGAAAACAGAAAAUAUGAAACCUUAUGUACAGAAGUGGUUUUUUAUGUGUGUGUGUGCCAGCCAUCAUUUUGGACCUUGGAAGAGAGAUUGGUGAAGGGUGGGUUUUAACAAUAGAUGUACUAGUCAGUUGCCCUUGUCUUUCUGUUUAACUUAACAGUAGCCCAGUGGGUAUGAUGUCUUUCAAAGAGAAAACAGAUUUACUCUCCCAAAUUGGUGAGGGAUAAGAUUCAAACCCACAUUAAAUAGAAGAUAUUGACUCCAGAAUCUUGGGUUCUCUCCUUUCACCUCUUUCCCAAAUACUGAGAUUUUGAGAUUUCUUAUGAGGGCAGAGAUUCCAUCUGUAUUUUGGAUUCUAGAAGUAACACAUGGAAUUUGAUCUGUAUCCAUGAAAAUGCCUUAUCUUGAUACCCCUAGUACAUUCCUCCAUUAUCAAGUAGGAGGUUUGCUGAAAACUAUUACUCAUAGCUAUUGUUUAGGGGCUAAUAAAUUUGAAACACUAUAUUUGGUCAGUAAUUUUAUUGCAGUAAAUUGAAACAACAGGACAUUAGUUGAGAUACUCAGCCUAAGAAGGAUUCUUUAGAUUUAUGGUAUAAUUUCCUUAGGUAUCUCUUCAGGCUCUUAGCCAUGCGAAUGCACACUUUACUUAUCUUACUGAAUCCUCCCACCAGCUUGUGAAGAUAGAGAUGGUUUCCUGAAAGAUGUUCCAGGGAACUGAGUGAUUUGCCAGAGUUAUGCAGAGCUAUAGUUUGGAGCCAGGAAUUGGACUUGCAAACUUAAGUUCCAACAAUACACAAAGAGAGUAAAUAAGGAGGGCAGAGUGAUUUGAAAUUCUCCCAAAGUUAUUCAGCCAGAGAUGCGCAGAAACACAUCUGAAGACAUAAAUGAUGAUGACUCACUGCAAACAAUGCUGUUCUAUGGAGAACUGUGAGGUCUCUCAGGAAAAGUUCAGAAAGAGCCGGUCCCAGUCUUCGGAUUUGAUUGGGUCAUUUGGGAAAAUGUAUUCUACAUUGGACACUGUAAGAAAAUGUGAACAAUUUUUUAGUUGUGUAUUUCAGUACAUAUAAUUUUGUUUUUGUUUUUUGUCCACACCAGGUAGUGUUCAGGGCUUACUCUAGUCUCUGUGCUCAGGAUCACUCCUGGUAGGGCUCAGAGGACCAUAUAUGGUGGUGGAGAUUGAAUAUGGGUCCAGCACAUGCAAGGCAAGCACCCUCCUCACUGUGAUAUCUCUUUGGCAAACUCUCAAUACAUUAUAACUACAGGAAUGGGCUAGGAGAAAAGAGGAAUAAUUGGUAUAGACACAUCACUCACUAGCCAAGAAAGGGUGGAUUUUUCAUUUUGUAGGUGCACAGCGACCUUAUCUUUGUACUUGUAGCCUGCAUCAUUUUAUUGUGACCUCUGCCCUUACCUGAGGUAGGUGCUGUAUGCAUUUACUUACAUCAAAUUAGUGAUGUGUGUGGCAAUGUACCAGCCUAACCUCUGAACGGCUCGAGCAGCUCUUUUACUCCUUUUCAAGAGGAACUCAGAGUAGAGGCUACUAGAAAAUAAGGCCCAAUAUUGCCAUAUCUCUUCAGUCCGGAACUUUGGCUAUCUGUCUCCUUCAGACCUGUGUGUAUGUAUCGGUGUUUUUUUGCUGAGAGGGGCAUACUUGAGAGGUACUCCGGGGCUGUGCUGGGAGGCUGUAGAGUACUGGGGAUAAAACUGGGAUCCACUGAUGCAAGACACGUGCCUUAAACCCCGUACUAUAUUUCUGGCCCUGGGGUAAUUUUGGUUGAAGAAGGGUCUGGGUGUGAUGUGUUUUCUCAGCCAUGCUUCCUUUUUCUGUAAUGUCUUCUUAACCUCUUCAGUGGAGGAGACAGAUCAAGCCUUAUGAUUAAAAAUGUCUUACAUAAAAGCCAUGCUGGUAUCUCAUCAACCUCCUCUGCAUUUCUUUUUUUGAUUCCGUGAGGUGAAGCAGGGAAGAGAAACGAGAGGGCAGGUUAGCUACAGCAGGAGAAACGAGAUUAUUCAGUUAACAGAAAUGAGAAACCAGUACAGUUUUCAGUACCUCAUUCAUUACCUGUCAGAUUGGUUUGGUGUUGAGGGGAGACUUGACAUUUUCUCUGGACGUGACUGUCACUAUUCCUUUGUUUCCUUAUAAUGCCAAGGUACAUGAUCUUCUACUUUGAAUAGGAGCAAUACCUGCCUAUUUCAGCUGAUGUAAACAAGGAGAAAGGUUACGGGCUGAAAAUGAGGAAUGGUGACCUCUCCAACCUUUGUUCUUUUGCCAAGAGUCAAUCCUGGAGAGAUGCCAAUAACCAAGAAAGUGUGAUGGCCCAUCUGGUAGCCCAAAGGAGAUCUUCUCCAGAGUGAACCUGACAAAUUUUUGGUGUCCAGUGGUUAUUGUUCUUAUGAGAAUAAGGCCAAGUGGCUGUUGGAGACAGGGAAAUGUUACAAGAGGCUUUUGUUGGGUGGAGCGAGCCCAGGUCUCCCAGCCUCCAUGUCUCUUCUGUGUGACUUUGGUGAAGCUGGCCUUGGGCCCCACUCUGAACAGUGGCUCCAAUCUCAUCAGGAGCCCUGCAUCUUAUCCCACAAGCCAGAGGGAAGAGGGGAAGGUUGGACUUGGCAAGGAAGACAGAGGGCGAUGGAAGCAGGAAGAGGGCUGAGUAGAAGCUACACUAAGGUCAAAGAGCCUGCAGUACUGCAAGGAACGGAAUGGCUCAUUCCUGAGGGGAGUCCUUAGAGCUGGGUCUGUCUUAGCAGAAAAGUGUGUCCAGCCUCUUCAAGAGUUAGGUUUGUGGGGCUAGAGUGAUAGUACAGUGGGUAGGGUGUUUGCCUUGCACGCGGCUGACCCGGGUUCUAUUCCCAGCAUCCCAUAUGGUCCCCUGAGUACCACCAGGGGUGGUUUCUGAGUGCAGAGCCAGGAGUCAGCCCUGAGCAUUGCCGGGUGUGACCCAAAAAGCCAAAAAAAAAAAGCAGGUUUGUGUAUCCAGGAAGUGCAGGUUCAGGGGUGUAUGUGGUUCUGGGAGAGCAGUCUGUUCACACUGUGGUGUGUGUGACCCAGGUGAAGUGGGAAGUGAAAAAGGGAGCCUUGAGAAAACAGUGAAAACCUUUCUGCUCCACCUACCUCAGCCAACCACUUUGGCCACCUAGGAAAAUGCCUACUAUGGGUCAGGACUGGUUAGUCUGCUAAGAAAAGCCAUAUAGCACAGACACUUGGGUCCUGCCAGACCCAUAAGGCUGCUGUCAAACUGGCUUCUCCUUAGGGAAAAAGCGGAGUGUGUCUUUUGGGAGAAGGUUAUACACAAUAUCUCCAAAUUGUCUAGGCUUGGCAUUCUCUGUGUACAUGAAAGUUAAUCUGAGUGCUGUCACAGCGAAAGCCCAAUCCUUACUGUCUUUUAGCUUCUCCUUAUUUGAGGGUUCACCCUUCUCUGGGUAGUGCUUGAAUUUUUCCAUCACUAAUGAGUUCAGCAUUUGCAUCUCAGAGGGAUAUGUUUCUCCUUGUAUCUUUGGGUUACUUCAGGGUGAGCCAAUUUCAUUUUAGCUUUAUUUCCCAGUGCUCCUGACUCCAUCUGCCUUCAACAGUAUCUAUCAUGGAGUUUUCACUUUCUCUGCGAUUAAGGUAGAAGUUAGUGUUAGAGAAGGCAAGGGCAGUGACUAGUUCUAGGUUUCUUUUUUGGGGGAAUGGGGAGACGGUGAUGCUCCUCAGGAUUACUGUGCUUAGGGUACCAUAUGGGACUGGGGAUAGCAUCAGGACACUUAGGUCUGGUAAAUGUCUUCGGUGAGUCUGCGCACAGUACAGAACUCAUAUCUCAUCAGCCCUAUUAGGCGGCUGCCAGGACCUGAGUACGGAGUAAGUAGACAGAAGUCUACUUAUUCUGUGUGGCAUGGGAGAUAAUCCCUGUCAGCUGGCUUCUCAGGGAGCCGUGAACUCAGACCUGGAACAGGAAUUGCCCUUUGCGGGAAAGGUCUGUCCUAGACCAUAUCCUGGUUUUUCUGGGUUUGUCCUCCAGCCCUCAUGGAAAAGAAUUUCAGGACUAGAUGAAUAAUGAAGUAAAACACUUUUGUUUAUACAGAUUAUGAGGAAUGAAAGGAGGUAGGAGGGAGAGAAUGAGGGGGGGAGGGAGAGGAGAGGAGAGGAGAAUACAUAUCUUAAGAGGGGGAGAUGUGAGUGGCAUAUCAUGCAGGUAUCAUGUGCAUAGUCUGGUGACACAUGCACAUCUCCUUUGUCCAAGUUACUUUCUACACACUUUUCCCAACUUCCCCCAUGUGGGGCUUUCUACCUAGGUUAGAGUACAUUGCUAGGUGUUGUCAAGGAGAAGAUGGAAACAUCUGAGGAUCUUCCUCCAUGUCCUUAUCACAGUCCUUUGUUCCUGCUGACCCUCUUCUUGCAAGGGGGUUGGUUCAGCUUUCUCUGGGCCUGGGGUGGCACCGUUUAAAAGUCUUAUCAGGUCUUAGUUCCUGUGUCCACAAAAUGGGUCUGGGCAACAAUGCCUUCAGGCUGGUGACAGAGUAACUUCUUCAAAUCCCAUCUCAUUUUUAUUAUCCCCUAAGAACUCAUUGCAAGUGUGUGUGUGGAGAGACAGUAGCUGUCUGUCUGUCUGCCUGCCUGCCUGCCUCAGCUCUACCAAGACGAGAGGAAUUUCAAUGAUGGAAAAAUCUGUAGAGAAGAUUAGCGUGGGAGCCAGUUGUCACUCAACCCUUCAUGUGAACAUGUUCUCAAAGUAAAAUAAUUGUGAAUUGAUAUUCCUUAAUCUAGCUAAGCUUGUCACAAGGAUAAUGGCCUUCUAUAGAUAGAAAGUCACAGUGUAAAGACCCUGAAGGGAAAGGUAGGAUUGGGUGUGAGGCAGGAUCUGCUCUGCCAUAGAAAGCUUGAGCCUGUCCACUAACUAGGUGAGCAGUUGGAAGAAAAAGACAACAGAACAACUAGAUGAGAGGGCGGUAGGAGAGAAUGCUAAAGCAUUGCUCAAAGUGAGUCCUCCCCUUCUCCUUGCUCUCCUAACACCACAGACAGAACCUUCUCAGCAAAUGCAGCUCCCCUCUCUCUUGGCACCCCAAACCUUGUCUUGGAGAGACAAGGGGAGGAGGGGUCCCGUCUCCAGGCUGCUGUCCCACUUAACCACAGGUAUAAAGCAGAAGUGUUCUACUCAAAAGGCUUUGCUCCCUGUUACCCCUCAUCUCAGCUUCUCUCCUUUGUCCUCUGACUCAGAGGAAACUGUUCAGCGGUAUGAGAUGGGGGUACGAUCCCAAAGGAGCAGAAAUAUUUUCUUCAUGGUGGGCACCGCUUGGUGGUUGGAGAGAGAGACAUUUCCAUUGUUUCCAAGCACAGGGGAACAGGACUGAGCAGUGAUGGCUCCAUCACCACAGGAGUGAAGAAAAGGGAGAAAUCCAACCAAGUACUUAUCGAUCAGGGUUGCCUGGCAUUGGUUGGAAGCCACACCCUGUUCUGUUGCAAUUUCCAGCCCCUUAUUUUUAAUUCCCAUGAAUCUAAUAGGUUCUAUUAGAAGCCCAUUUUACUAGACUCAUAUGUGAUGACACGAUUGAAAACAAAAGAAGGUGAAUAUAUUUAAAAGUUCAUUUUAUUUAUAAUAUUAGACAAAUGCUGAAUUCUAAGAACCUCUUUCAGUAGCACAAAUGGAAGUAGUUUAGAAGAGAAAUAUUUUGACAGUACACCAGAGUCACUAGAAAUCCUCCAUGUAUCAAAAUCUCCCCAUUUUAAAAGGUGUUUUAAAUUGAGACUGAUUAAUAUAUAACAAGGCACUAUUUUGUCCCCCUAGUCCACAUAAUCUUUUGAAAAAUUAUUUUGGUUUUUGAGCCAUCUCUGGUGGUACUCAGGGUCAAUGUUUGCGGGGAGGAGGGAGGAGGGAGGUCACUCCCUGCAGUGUUUGAGUGACCAGGUCUCUGCAUCCCAUUGAACCCAGGGUUCCAGCAUGCAAAGCAUGUGCUCCAACCAUUUGAGCCAUCUCCCUGACCCCUGCAUAGUUUUAAUUAAAGGAAAGAUUGAGAUUGCUAAACAUCUAUCACUCUACCAUGUCUGACAGGAAAUUUCACCCAUUGUUAAUUCAAGAUCAACUCAAGAUCAGGCAUUGUUCUGGAGAAUAAAAGGAUCCCAGGGUAGCAUUAAGAAAUCAUCUUAGUCUUCUUAGGUGGAGAACCUCAUAGAACAAAAGGCAAAAGAUAAGUUUCAGCAGCCUUUUCCUUAUUUCUUUCACCAGAUAAUGCUGAUAUAAAGGGAUACUUUGAAGGUUUCUUUUUAUAAAGUAUCAAAAAAUGCAGGCAGAUUUGCUUUCCAAACUUAAGACUUAGCUUGCUGUGAUAAUAUUAGUUCCUUUGAAAUGUCUUUAACCCUCAAAUUAAAAAUAAACAGGGAUAGGCACUCUUACUAUUCAUUUUCCAUGUCUCUCCUCUCUUACAAUCUAUAAAAAUGUAGCUGACUGAGGUGAAAACAUGAGUGAUGAGAAUUUCAGAAUUUCAAUAAGCCUUAUUCCAACAGACUUGGUUAUUUUGGCGAGAAUGCAGGCGUUCCCGGGACAAUACACAGAUGCAAAAUAUUAGAAGAGCUCAGUUCCAGCACCUUAAUUUGAAGUCAUUGGCAGAGAUGAUAGGAUGACGAUGCUUUAUUUUAAUAUUCAAUCCUGCUCCAGUAGAACAUGGUACCCAGCAGGACCCAAAACUAGAAUACAAUGGGGGAAAGGGGGAGAGAACAACAGAACAUAAAUAAGGAAUAAUUUCUAGAAACAUCUCAUAGUAGGGGCAAAAAAGGUGUUAAGUUCAUUCAGACAUAGGUGACCCUGGGUUUUUAAAGAAAUCUUGAGCAUAAUUUUAGCGACAGAAUGAACACUGGGACUCAGCUAGAAUGGUUUGAAGAAUGUCACCGAACUCAAGAUAUUUGACUCAGGUAAGAGAUUGAGUAUCUAAGAUCUGUGCCAAUAUAGCCACAUGCCCCCAUACCUGUAAAAUAAUGAUAAUAACAUCUUUGACCAAAGAGUUAUAAAGUUGAAAGGCAUCAUAAUAAUUAAAUAAUAAUAGUAAUUGAUAAUUUACUCUGCAUAUGGCACUGCUCUCACUGCUACAUAUGUACCUCAUUUUAAUGCUUCUAAGAACCAAUACAGAAAUUGAGGCACAGAGGAGAUUAGUCAUCAGACUAGUAGGUGGUGAACUUGGGAUUCAGGCACAGAUGUUUGGCACUGAGUUUGAGUAAUCAACAUGGGAAACCCCUCUGUGAGUGGGACAUGCCUUAGUGUUCUCCAAAGCACAGUGCUUAAGACCUCUCUUGACUUGCUUUAUUUUUUGUAAGAUGGAGGACUGGCCACCUACCUGGUUACUAUUGUGUGGGACAUAUGACCUCUUGUCCAUAGCAGACCUUCACUACAUUCCCCUUACCUUUAUAGAAUUUUAAGAGUCCAUUUGAUGCUUGUGUUUCAGAUGGUCCUGGAAUUCUAAGAUACUCAAAAAGCUUGAAGCAUGAUUGCUGUUAACAUGGUCUAGACAGGACCUUCACUAUUACCCCUUUUCAUUCAUCCGGCAAGUUACUAUGCAUUUAACUCUGUGCUCUGCUAUACACUGGGGGUAUAAGUGGCGUUGGUUUCAGACUCCCCCCUCCCCUGAGACAAACACAUUACAGAGGAGUGACUCUGGCAGAGGGAUGCAGGAUGUAACGAGAGUUCCUGAGAAUGUGAAGAGGGUCAUACGGGUCUGUUGAAGAAGGUCACUUUGCUUCACUCAGUUUCUCACCCCAAUCCAAUCUUUCUAUUUUUAUUAACAUAUACUUUUGGGGCGGAGGCCACACCAGGCCAGAGAUUACUCCUGGCAGGGCUUGGGGUACCAUAUGCAGUACGAGCUAUAAAAGCCAGGUUGGCUGAGUGUAGCCUGACUGUAACCCAGUUUUCUUAAAGCCAGGCUUCUUUUGGGGUGGUAUGACCUUGACUCAAGACUGUUUGAACAAAGAUAGACUUUAUAGACUUUAUUUGCCUUUUUCACUGUUUCCAUCUUUGGGUUGAUGGCACAAAAGCAGCGGAAGAUAAAUCUGUUGCAAUCUGAGCAAGAAUCAGAGAAAAGCAUGAAAAUCCCUGUAUUCAUCGAGGAUAUUCACCUGAUAAAACCAAACCCAACCCGUUUGACUUGAGAUUGUCUUUGAUGAAAUAUUGGGAAUUCCUGAUUUUAUUAAAUGUUCAUCUUUGAACAUUUAAUAAAAUGUUUAAUAAAAUUACUUUUUGGGGCCUGGGGGGAGGAACACCUGGCUGUACUCGGAACUUACUCCUGGCUAUACACUCAGGGAUCACUCCUAGCGAUGCUCAGGGGACCAUAUGGGGUGCUGGAGAUUGAACCCAGGUCAGCAAGGUGCAAGGCAGUUGCCCUACCUAUUGUACAUUGGUAGUGUACAUUGGUAGUGAUGGGGGAGUUGGAUUCUGUCCCCUAUUCUGGCCCUUUUAUCUAUCUUUUUAAAUAUUCUGUAUGAUACAAAGGAAGUAUGUAUAAGUAGAUUUGUGAUAUAUGGAAAUAUGUAAAAUAUGUAUGUAGCACUGCACUGUAGCACUGUCAUCCCAUUGUUCAUCGAUUUGCUUGAGCAGGCACCAGUAACAUCUCCAUUGUGAGACUUGUUGUUACUGUUUUAGGCAUAUCGAUUACGUCAUGGGUAGCUUGCCAGGCUCUGCCAUGUGGCUGGGAUACUCUCUAUAGCUGGCCAGGCCCUCCGAGAGGGAUGGAGGAAUCAAACCCAGAUUGGCUGCGUGCAAGGCAAGUGCCCUACCCACUGUGCUAUGACUUACGGAAAAACAUUUGUGAUUGAGUUGUGAACUGAACUACCCGUUAUUUUCAUAAACACUAUUUUUGCUUCAAAAUAAAAGACUAACACAUGA